UAUGUUUGUAUUUGGAUAAAAUAAUUUAUUCCCAAUGCCUCGCAGGAGGGAUUCGCGCAGUCGUCGCCGUAGUUCGCGUAGCUAUGGCUACCGUGAGCGUCAUCGUGGUAGCAUAGGUUCAGGUCGUGACUACCGUCGUGGUUACCGUCGACCAGAUCGUAGUAUUUCCAGGGGUCGUUAUAAAUCACGUUCGUCUUCAAAAUCACGGUCUUCGGAAGAGUUUGAUCGAGUCCGUUCCCGUCGUGGCAGUAGGUAUACUUCCCGUAGAUAUCGUAGGUCAGUAUCGCGAUCGUCCGAUUCAUCACGUGGUCGUUAUCACGGUCGUGAAAGAUCAUCCCAUGACCGAUAUCGUCGUCGUCACUCGUAUAGGGAUGGCCAUCGUCAUACAUAUAGGGGCCGUCAUCGUAGAUCUCAUAACCGCGAUCGUCCACAUCACAAGCGGAAGGCAUCUCCAAAGGAUCGUAUAAUCCACUUUAGUUAUGAGCCCGGUAUGCAUUUAGGUGAUUACAAGGUUAUACGUAAGAUAGCUGAUGGUACGUUCGGGCGUGUUCUCUUAUGUGAGAAGGAUGGCGUUCAAUUUGCUGUUAAGGUUGUUAGAGACGUUGAGAAGUAUGUGAAAUCAGCUAAGAUAGAGGUUGAAAUACUACAAGACAUUCAAAAGGUCGACGGCUCUGGUGAGAGCCACUGCGUCGUUUUACAUGACCAUUUCAUGUACAAGGGCCGCAUAAUGUGCCUGGUGUUCGAGCGUUUGGGCGAUUCUUUAUACGAGUUCCUGAAAGCGAAUGACUACAAGGGUUUCUUUAUGUCCGACAUUCAGCGCAUAGCAUUCCAGUUGCUGAAGGGGCUAUCGUUUUUGAAGCAGAACAAGUUGAUUCACACUGACUUGAAGCCUGAAAAUGUUUUAUUGACCUGUGGUCAUGAUGACUUCAUUGAGGUGCCUUUCCCUCGUUCUACCACCGGUAUGCUUACGAAGCGUCCUGCCACUGCCGAUAUAAAGAUCAUAGAUUUUGGCAGUACUAUCUACGAGGACGACUACCACAGCAGCAUAAUUAACACACGACAGUAUAGAUCCCCGGAGGUCAUCCUGGACCUCGGGUGGUCAUAUGCCAGUGACAUGUGGUCACUAGGUUGUAUAUUAGUUGAGCUGUACACCGGUGACUUGCUGUUUGGUACUCACAGCCACCUGGAGCACUUGGCUAUGAUGGAGCGCACUGUAGGCCCGCUGCCGAGCUCUAUGCUUGCUGAAGCACGUAAUACUGAGGGCCGUGACUAUCUACAUCCCACUAAGGACAGUUUGAAUUGGCCAGAGGGGGCUCAAUCAAGUUCUUCGGAGGAACGUGUAUCGUGCUGCCGCAGUGUUAUGGAAAUUAUACGUCCGGAGCACCGGCCGUUCGCCGAGUUCAUCAAGUACAUUUUGAACCCUGACCCAUCGCAGCGUCCAACCCCCGAGGAUGCCAUGGAGCAUGAGUUUUUUGUCCUUACUCUUGCUGAGGGCUAGUACA